UUUUUUUGGAGCACUUUGAGAUUAACCCUCCGGAGAACACAUCUGGUGGAGAUCACCUUGGAUAUACUAAAUCCUGCUGACUCUCUGCUUCACCUCUGAGCUUGUGUGUGGUCAUCAGUGCACCGGUUUGUGUCUCUCUAACAAUGCGUGCUCUGCGGGUUGUGCUUGUCGUCAUGGGGGUUGUAUUGUGCUUGUGCGCCACCGUGCGUGGUGGUUCGAAUGACAGCGCGAGCACAUGGGCAGACACGGAAAGCUUGCGAAGCUACCACAGCCUGUACACACGGAUCUUGAAAAUGGUGAAGAACGCAGAGCACGGUGGCGGAGAACUCGCGCAGGCCACGGGCGAGAAGGAGAACAAGCAUCAUAAUCACCACCAUCACCACCAGACGAAGAGCGGGGAUCAGAUCCUGGAAAUCUUUCCCAGAGACUUGAGAAAGAAGGAGAAGUUUUUAAAGAAUUUAACUGGUCCUCUAUACUUCAGUCCGAAGUGCAGGAAAUAUGUCUACAGGCUCUACCACAACACCAGAGACUGCACCAUUCCUGCAUAUCAUCGGAGAUGUGCGCGGCUUCUCACUCGGCUAGCCGGGAGCCCGAGGUGCCUAGAGAGCUAACUUCAACCAGCAGGUUCACGCCAAACCAGGAGGAACCAGUGAAAAAAAUCAUCAAGUGCCUUUUGGACAACCCUUCAUCAUUCCAUCUAAUCAGCAAUUUCCAUCCAGGACACGACUUGGCUCCAUCAGAGGACUCACGGACAGACGAAAGGACAGACGGAGCGCAUAACGGAGAUGAUGAUGAUGAUGAUGAUGAUGGAGUAAAAUGGACGUAUUUCUUGUAAACUUAUGUGGUCUGAGAUGCAACCUCAGCUGAGCUACAUCGAAAAGUUUUGAGCUCAAAAACCGGAUUUCUAUGGUUUCCAAGAGUUAAAGGAUCGUCUUGGGUUUGUCUUUUGCCCUGAAAACAGAUGGACACUCUCGAUGUCAUUAUGUUGCAAAAAGAAAAAAGGAUCAUGGAGUUCCUGCUUCCUGAAACUUAACAGCUAACUUAUUUUCAUCCUGAUGCUUUUCAUCUCUCCGGCAUACAUCUGUAAUACGACCAGAUGUUUGUUGACCUGAAUGUGUGUGUAUAUGUGA